AUGAUAGGCUGUACGCUGAUGCUAUUGUGGUAUUAUUUGGAGCACCAGUGCACUAUUUAUACUCGUACGUCUACCACGAUUCAACCGGCGAAGACACAACAAUACGCUGCUGCUAGUUAUUUGGGGUGUCAGUACGUUCCAUCUCACCCACAACCACUUCUCUCGUAUUACACCGACUGUGUAAGUAGAUUACACCGACUGUAUAAGAAAGAUUCAUUAGCAUCUAUCAUUCGUCCAUCUAUCUAUUUCCAUCUACAUGCUUAUUCAUAG